AUGACAAAGAUCCUUCGCCUUCAUACGGCUCAAAGCAAACCAGAUCUCUGGGAAACCCUAAAAAGUCCCACACACCCCUUGAGUGCCGCUUGGCCAACCUUCCUGGACCAAGACAAAUAUUUCCAACAUUACUGCGAAAAACUCGACAAAAUUGAAGCCUUUGCUGCUAUGCAGUACGCCAUUGUCGAAGUCGAUGCCUAUGGAAAAGAGAACAUUAUCGCCUGUGGACGCUCCGUUCCUUUUUACUGGCCUGAACUGGACCAAAUUGGGGGCAAGAAGGGGCUGCGCCAACAUCCUGAAGUAUUGCAUACCCUGCCAGAUGAAGGCUACGAUGCAAUUCUGUCCCGGGCUUUCGAGCAGCAACUCGCAAGAGAAGGGACUGUCCAAGAUAUGGGUGUGGUAAUGCCCUUACCUGAUCCUGCCAGGACGCGUACAGAACCACCCAAUGCACUCUCUGCCAUUUCAAUCACUGUUUCCCCAAAGUAUCGUUCUCAGGGACUAGCAGAUAUUCUCAUCAUGGCUAUGAAGCAAACAGCAAUAGAGCUAGACUAUGACGCAAUGGUUGUGCCUCUUCGACCAACACGAAAAUCCGAUUUCCCGACAAUAAGAAUGCGGGAUUAUUUAUCAUGGCCGGCGAAAGUGGCCCCAGGCUGUGCCAUUUAUCAGAAAGAAAACAGGCCGAAUCCAAACCUACCUUUUGAUCCGUGGCUGCGGAAACACAUUCGACUGGGAGCCAGGGUGAUUAAAGUGGCUCCAAAGAGUAUGCUUGUGGAGGGCAGUGUUGAAGAGUGGCAACAGUGGACUGGUGUCAAAUUUAGCCAGCUGAUUGGAAACACUGAUACCCCUUUGAAAAAAGAAUCCGGGUCUGGCAAGAUGUAUUUAGAAGCUGUUUUUCCGAACGGACUUGUUCCCUUGAGGUAUUAUGUUGAUGAGCAAUGCUGUGUCUACCAAGAGCCGAAUAUCUGGCUUUAUCAUGAGCUUCCCCUGGGCAGCCUUUGUGCGGAAGCGAUAUUAUGA